ACCCGACAACCUCAAUCUCCCCCUUUCGAGAGGUUUACACCAUUACACAAAUUUUACCUAUAAGAAUUCAACAAACCUCUCUUUUUCGUCGCAAAAAUAUGUCGACCGAAGUUGCAGCGGAAAUCAUGGAUGCGCCGCCGGCAAACGAAGCGUCGGAAACCACCAAACAACCCCACAAAUUAGAGAGAAAGUGGGCGUUUUGGUUUGACACUACUAAACCUAAACAAGGUGCUGCUUGGGGUUCUACUCUUAAGAAAGCCUAUACUUUUGAUACCGUCGAAGAGUUUUGGUGCCUAUAUGAUCAAAUAUUCAAGCCCAGCAAGUUAGUUGGAAACGCCGAUUUCCAUUUGUUCAAGAAUGGGAUUGAACCAAAAUGGGAGGAUCCUGAAUGUGCACAUGGAGGCAAGUGGACUGUUUCUGCUAACAGAAAGACAAAUCUCGAGGGAAUGUGGCUUGAAACUUUGAUGGCUCUAAUUGGGGAGCAAUUUGAUGAAGCUGAUGAGAUAUGUGGUGUGGUUGCAAGUGCACGUUCAAGGGGUGACAAGCUUUCAUUGUGGACUAGAAAUGCCGCGAAUGAAUCUGUUCAGAUGGGCAUUGGAAGGAAGUGGAAAGAUAUAAUUGACAUUACAGACAAAAUUAACUACAGCUUUCAUGAUGAUGCCAAAAAGGAUAAUAAAUCUAACAGAGGCAGAUACAGUGUGUAAGACCCCCAAUUUCAUGUUGAUCUCUUCUCCCUGGGCAAUUUUGCUUUAGAGGCUCGGCUUCAAUUUUUUGUGCACUACAGUUUGUUUUAUCUGUUUAUUGUGGCCUUUUAGGCUUCAGAUGGGUAUAAGCAUUCAACCUAUUUCCUGGUUAAUUUCACAAUUGUAAUUUUUGUGAGUUUUGACCCCCCCUUUUUCCAGUUAUUGAUGAGUUUGCAUAUGUUAUACAUACAGAAUUUAAGCUUAUGCACUUUCAGAAAUCUAUCUUAGACUCGUGUAAUGUUGCCCUUGUAGCUAGAUGAAGUUACAAGGUUGGAUUAUUGAAAGCUAUUUCAAGAUAUGUUAUUUGUGUUUUGACCA